AUGGCCUGCUUUUCUUUGGGCGAAGAUUCACUGGAAAGCCGCCCUCUGCGGCUGCUCGUCACCGCCACGGGCACGCGGCAUUCGUCCUGGGCCCAACCACUGGUGGUGCGGCUCUCCAAGGACCGUCGUAUCGAGAUGAGAGCAGUGGUCGAUGACCCGCCGCCGAGGCUGAAUCAACUCAUCAUCACUAUACAAAACUCGCCGAUAGCUCAGGAGCAGCAAGCCGACCUAGAUAACGCAUCUCCUAGGCGCUCUGGUCUGAACAUCAGCGAUCUGGUCGAAUGGGCCGAUCUCUUGGUUUGUGUGCCCCUGGGUGUGAAAGGUAUUGAGAACUUAUUGGCCGACGCAAGCGAGACUUUCCUUGAUGAUCUACUGCGAAGCUGGACCAAGGCUCAGAAAGCGUGUAUCAUGGUACCUGGAUUGGACGAUGGCGGAUGGCUGAACCCAUCUGUGCAGCAGCAGUUGGGCCAAGUGCAGAGAGCAUGGCCCUGCAUUCGAGUGAUGCAGCCCAUACUAUGGCACUAUGAAGAUGCGGCACAUCCGCAGCAAGCAACAAAUUGGAGUGGAUUCCGGGAUUUACUGGAUCUCAUCCAAAACCAGGCUGAUUUACUCAAUCUCGGUCGAGAUACAGAGGCCACCACCGAAGUCGUUGAUAUGCCCAAGUUUCAGGCGCGCACUCUCCCAGGGCUUCCAUACGAGCUAUGGAGCAAAGUACUGAGCUUCACAGGCGACUGGGAGCUGGCCAAUACUUUGGGCAUCAGCACCAGUCUACCUGUCCCAGGAGAGUGGAACACGCAGAUUGAAGAACCAAGUGAUCCUCUGCUCGCGUACUCGCACGAUCUGGAGCGGACGGUCCUCACGUGUGACACGGGUGCUAUCUGCCAGAAGUUAUCCCAAGCGCCAGCUGACUUUCACAUGUUACCGGUUCUAGCUGUGAAACUCAUCACACGAUUUGCCCUGGUGGAAGUGCUGGAAUUCCUCGAGCAUAACCAUGCCCAGCUGUUCAAGGCGUUCGACGGGGCGUUUCUCCCAACGAAGGCAUCUGCAUAUUUUCCUCAGGUCGAGGUCUUGAAGUACUGGAAGAAUAGCCUACACUUUCGAGGUCGCCAUGUCUACGACACAGAGGCGAUGGACGGCGCAUCAAAGAACGGCCACGUGCAUAUACUGCAGUGGUGGAAGGAGUCGGGGUUUCCGUUGUUAUACACCAAGGCCUCACUGGAACAAGCGAGCAGCAACGGCCUCAUAUCAGUCCUGGACUGGUGGCACAAUGCUGCCGCCCUGGAUCGCAGCAUUGUCUUGAAACCCGGCAGGUCUCUCUUAUGGGCUGCAACCAAUGGCCGGGAGGAUAUACUGAGAUGGUGGCAUUCUUCUGGCAUUCAUGUUGAAUAUGCUGGCGGCGUGGCUUUUACAGCUAGCCGGUGGGGACACGCAAAUGUCUUGGAAACUUGGCGAAAGCUGCAAGGCGACGAAAAUGUCAUAUUCGACGCCGAGGAAGUGAUAUUCAUCGCGUCUCUCCGCCAGCACGUGGAGGUGCUCGAAUGGUGGCGCCGAUUCGCCCAGGGCACGCUGGAAGGCAUGAAUGGGAGAGGCGUGAACAUCAAGUUUCGAACCAGAAGGAUCCAAGAGGCUGUUGAGUCUGCCCCCAAAGCUCAAGAAUGGUGGUAUCGCUACAGACUGAGUCUUGGUAAGAACCAGGACUGGUGGCCCCUCUUUCUGCGCCUCUGA